UUCAAGAGAGAGAGAGCAAAUGCAAAGCAAAAAGGCUCUCACAAAUUCCAUAUUCCACUUGGGAGUGGGAAGGACAACAAAACAGUAACGACAAAAGGACUCCCCCACGCAUUGUCGACAACGUAGUAGCCAUGAACAAGUCCUUCCAAACAGACGGAAACUUUUAAUCAAGCCAAGUCGAAUAAACAGAGGAAUCCCCUCCCCCCCCACCAAAAGAGAACCCAUAAGAACAGCUCCGUGUUCAUAGAGAGAGAUUGGAGAAGCAAUCUCUGGAAUUCUCAUGGGGCUCCAUGUGGGUUCUUGAUCAAUUACGAAACCCAGUCAGGAUUUGGCUGUUCCAGUUUUAGUUGGCUAGUUCUGGUUCUGGUGUGGUUGAGCUGGUUCUGUUUGUCUUUUCUGUUCCAUCUGUUACUGCUUAGGUGCUCUUGUUUGCGAUUUUGAACUAAAUUCAUGAUUUUUUUUUUUUAUAUAACCUUUUGAACCUGUUCAUUGAACAUAGAAUGUCUGAUCAAUUUCUUUAAUUUGGACUCCAUUUGUUGUCUACUCUUAGCCUUCUAGUUUUUUUCCUUUUCUCCCUUCCUUGCUUGUUUGAUCUAGUUAAUUUGGUAGAUUCUUUACCCUCUUAGACUUAUAACUAAGCCCUCCGAGCACUCUGAUUCUGCACUCUUUUGCUUUGUUCUUGUGGGUGGUGAGAGGAACGUAAACAUGUUCUCUAAUUAAGAUUUCAUGCAAAUCUGGCGCUUGCUUGAACAAUCUGAUGUUUUGUCAGAAGACUUAGACCCUCUCAUCGUUUAGAUUAUUUUGUGUGGCGAGUGUGGUUCUCUUUUUGUUGACAAUUACAGUCUGUCUUCUUUCCUCGAUUUCCCCUAUUUGUUGUGGUCGUUAUAAGGCUCCAAUGUUUCAAGAAGAAGGGUCUUCUUCUGUUACUUCGUCACCUCUACAAUUAUUUUCCAUGAUGUCCCUUUCUCCAAGCAUAGGAUCACCAUACCCUUGGCUUAGAGAACUUAAAUCCGAAGAGCGGGGUUUGUACUUGAUCCAGUUAUUGCUUACUUGUGCAAAUCACGUUGCUGCGGGUAGCCUUGAGAAUGCAAAUAUUGCCCUUGAGCAAAUCUCCCUGCUUUCUUCUCCUGAUGGUGAUACCAUGCAGCGUAUAGCGGCAUACUUCACUGAGGCGCUCGCUGACAGAAUCCUAAAAGCUUGGCCCGGUCUUCACAAAGCCCUCAAUGCCACCAGAAUAACAUUGAUUUCGGAAGAAAUUCUUGUUCAAAAACUGUUUUUUGAGCUGCUUCCCUUCUUGAAGGUGAGCUUGGUGCUCACAAACCAGGCUAUUAUUGAAGCUAUGGAAGGGGAAAAAAUGGUUCACAUAAUCGACUUGAACGCUGCAGAACCUGUCCAAUGGGUUGCUCUUAUUCAAGCUUUGAGUGCACGGCCUGAAGGUCCACCACAUUUGCGAAUUACCGGGGUUCAUCAACAGAAAGAGGUACUGGAUCAAAUGGCAUAUCGACUGAGUGAAGAAGCUGAAAAACUGGAUAUCCCAUUUCAGUUCAAUUCCGUGGUUAGUAGACUAGAUGAUCUUAAUUUUGAAAAACUUCGUGUCAAAACUGGGGAGGCUCUAGCAAUCAGCUCGGUUCUUCAAUUACAUUCCUUGUUGGCCUCCGAUGACGAACUCUUGAGAAAGAGAUCCCCACUGGAAACAAAGAAUCUCAAUGGAAUACACUUAUCUAGAGCCCUGCAAAUUAACCAAAACACACUGGGUGAGCUGCUUGAGAAAGAUUUAGCUAGGCAUAGCCAGAGUCCUGACUCAACCUCAUCAUCGCCCAUGUCUUUACACGGUUCGGCAAAGAUGGAUAGCUUUCUCAAUGCCUUGUGGGGUUUGACACCAAAGCUCAUGGUAAUAACAGAACAAGAUUCUAACCACAACGGGUCAACUCUAAUGGAGAGGCUAUUGGAAGCUCUUUAUUCUUAUGCAGCAUUGUUUGAUUGUUUGGAGUCUACCAUGCCAAGAACAUCAUUGGAGAGAUUGAAGGUGGAGAAGAUGCUGUUUGGGGAGGAAAUUAAGAACAUCAUAGCAUGUGAAGGAGCUGAGAGGAAAGAAAGGCAUGAAAAGCUUGAGAAGUGGAUCCAAAGGCUUGAUUUGGGUGGGUUUGGGAAUGUGCCUUUAAGCUAUUAUGGUAUGUUGCAGGCAAGACAGUUGUUGCAAGGUUUUGGUUGUGACGGGUACAAGAUCAAGGAAGAGAAUGGUUGUGUGGUAAUAUGCUGGCAAGACCGAACCUUGUUUUCAGUAUCUGCUUGGAGGUGUAAAAAAUGAGAUUUUAAAUACUGAUCUCCCUGGUUUUAGUACCUCUUCUUUCCUUUUUGGUGUGAAAGAAUUCUCUUCCCUGUAAAUGAAUGCAGUUAAGGGUUGUUCUAAUUGUCACUUCACUUACCAGCCAAAAACAAGGCUGUCUUCUUUUAUUACCUACAUAUAGAAUCUGUCUAUUUCUUCUCA